GCGCAGUGUGAGGCUAGGGCACUAGCGACGGCGUAGCAGACUCGCCCUAGGUAGUGCGCUGAUCUAGUGAGGGAGGAUGUAUUCGGGACGCUUUGCUGGACUUGAGUAAGCAGGACAGGUAGAAUUUGUGCUGUCCGUGUCGUUAGCUUUGUGUGUUGUGUUCCGUUCCGUGUGUGAGUUUAAACAGAUAUUUAACACAGUUUUCAUCCUAAAUGAAGGGAGCUGCGCGCUAGGACGCGUGUGUGUGUGGAGCGGCGGUUAUAGCUGAGGUUUGGUGGUGAGUGUGUGGAGCUAGCAGGCUAUAAACGUUAGCAGGAGCGACCUUAAUGACGCCCGUGUUUUUCUCUCCGCGAUGAGACAAAGUGCACAUUUAUAAAGAGUUUAUAAGGGAAUCUGCGUGUGGACUUGUACAGCCGGGUCACAUGCUGGAGUGUGUGAGAAAUCCCUCCUCAGCGAGCUGGCAGUCUGGGCCUGAAAGAGUUGCUUAUUCAGGACUUUCCAUGUAAAUGAAGUGGUGUGUUAGCGCUCAGAGCUGUGAGGAGACAUCACCUUCUGAAAACACCACAAUGCCGAGCUGCUCCUGUCCUCCGAGCGCGCGCUAGAGCAGCCCAGGUUCGGCCUGCCAUCCGAGCCAGCCUGGGUCCACAUCCACUGCUCACACACACACACACACACUCACACACACACACACACACACAGAGAAAAGUGUCUGAUUGUAGCAUAAGUGUGCUUUUAAAAUAUUACAAAUCCCGGUUGUUGUAAUUAUUAUUAUUAUUAUUAUUAUUAUUGCACCCGACAAAUACAAAAUGUCCAAAUACUACUGAGUUUGUCUGGAAAAUACAGUUUUAAAUUUUCGGGUUUGGUUCAGAACGGACUUUAAAUAGUUCUCAAAUAGACAUCUGUUGAAAAUCAGAGACUCAGAGAGAGAUAUUUGUGUAUUUUUGGAAAUGCGCACGGAGCAAUAACCUUGACCUGGGAAAGUGACGUCAAAUCAGGGACGUUUCAGGCACUUUAUAUAUAAAUAUAUAAAUAAAUAAAUAAGUAAAUUUUCCCAUGUUCCAGACGAAGAGAGAAUCCGACAUUGUGACUGUGUGUGUGAUGAGAAUGAAUGCAGAAGGAAUGAAGUUGCCUGCAGGAUUUGCACCGUGUUGUUAGGGUUUGUGUUCGGAGCGCUGCCAUGUUGCACUCGUCCAUCAGCCUCUGAAGUUCUCCUCUAGAAACUUGAGUAUAUUAUAUUACUUAUUGGACAGAGUUAUAAAGUAGUUGGUGGUGUUCAUGACAUGAGAAGAUGAACGGUGAGAAUCAAGCACUAGAUUUAUGCAAUGCCAGAAUGAAAGCGUCUGAUGAUGACCACACCACAGCGCUCAUCUCCGAGGAACUCGUCCUCCGGAAUAGCAUCAAGCUCAUAGACAAGGAUGCGGAAGCUUCGGACUCGGGACACGAGGAUAAGAACGAUAAAGAAGAGCCGCCGACUCAGAAGAACAAUGGAACCGUCCUUUCAGUGCCGUUGCACGUUCCUGAAGAAAGUAGCGCGCAGGAUCUGGAAUCCCGUUUUUCCACUGGAAGUGCGAACGACGACGAGGACAUGGACAUCGGUGUGGAUUUGAGUUUGGACGAAAGUGGAGUUUUGGAGUCGGACCCGGUGACAGUGCUCAAGCAGAGCAGCAGUGUGGGUUCUGUAGCGUCUGAAACGGAUAAGGACUCGGACAAGCCUUCAGAAGCCGAUCCCUCGAGUUCGACCAACGCAGAGGCUCCGUCCUCGUCCUCGUCUCCGGCUCAGCAGGAAGGAGUCGGACCCAAACCCGGAGCCAAGAGGGUCACGUUUCCCUCAGACGAGGACAUUGUGUCCGGAUCGGUGGAACCAAAGGACCCGUGGAGACACGGUGAGUUCACGUUGUUGUUUUAUAUUUCACACACACACACACACGCUCAGGUGAGCCGAGCUUCCCUCUGUUUAGGAAACACACCUGAGCUGUUGGGAAAGGUGACGUCUCGGAUUAAUGUCUCGUCUCGUUCAGCUCGCACUUCCACUCCUCUCAACUGUGAUGCAGAAGAGAAGGUCUCAGUGUUGAUCUCUGUGUCAAUCUUUGAUGAUCGCUCUCUGUGCCGGAGCCCUGUGCCGGAGCCCUGUGCCGGAUCUCUGUGCCGGAGCCCUGUGCCGGAGCCCUGUGCCGGAUCUCUGUGCCGGAGCCCUGUGCCGGAGCCCUGUGCCGGAUCUCUGUGCCGGAGCCCUGUGCCGGAGCCCUGUGCCGGAUCUCUGUGCCGGAGCCCUGUGCCGGAUCUCUGUGCCGGAUCUCUGUGCCGGAUCUCUGUGUCGGAGCCCUGUGUCGGAUCCCUGUGCCGGAGCCCUGUGCCGGAGCCCUGUGUCGGAGCCCUGUGUCGGAUCUCUGUGUCGGAUCGCUGUGCCGGAUCGCUGUGCCGGAGCCCUGUGUCGGAGCCCUGUGUCGGAUCCCUGUGUCGGAUCCCUGUGUCGGAGCCCUGUGUCGGAGCCCUGUGUCGGAGCCCUGUGUCGGAUCCCUGUGUCGGAGCCCUGUGUCGGAGCCCUGUGUCGGAUCUCUGUGUCGGAUCUCUGUGUCGGAUCUCUGUGUCGGAUCUCUGUGUCGGAUCCCUGUGCCGGAGCCCUGUGUCGGAUCUCUACUGCCAAAUGUACCAGCCCCACACACACACACACACACACACACACACACACACACACACACACACACACACACAUUUGACUGACAGAUUUUAUUUUGUCUGUUCGUUGUCAUGGUUUCACGCUUUAGUUGAGUUGUUAGAAUUCCGAGCGUCACUCAUCCUCGCUCUGUUUCUUUUGCAGGACUUGACAGACCUGACUCAGCGAAACGACUGCCUGGAUCUGAAAGGUGAGAAGUUGGACUACCGGGCGUGUGAGUCUCUGGAGGAGAUUUUUAAGCGAGUGCAGUUUAAAGUUGUGGAUCUCGAACAGACAAACCUGGAUGAAGAUGGAGCGUCGGCGUUAUUCGAUAUGAUCGAGUAUUACGAGUCUGCCACUCACCUCAACAUCUCCUUCAACAAGCACAUCGGCACUCGAGGCUGGCAGGCCGCCGCCCACAUGAUGAGGAAGACGAGUUCUCUGCAGUACCUGGAUGCGAGGAACACUCCACUGCUGGACCAUUCGGCUCCGUUCGUCGCUCGAGCUCUGAGGAUCAGCGGCAGUCUGACGGUUCUGCACCUGGAGAACGCGGGACUGUCGGGACGUCCGCUAAUGCUGCUGGCUACAGCUCUGAAGAUGAACAUGAACCUGCGUGAACUUUAUCUGGCUGAUAAUAAGCUGAACGGGCUGCAGGACUCGGCUCAGCUGGGAAACCUGCUCAAAUUUAACUACAACAUCCACAUCCUCGACCUGAGGAACAACCACAUCCUCGACUCAGGGUUGGCGUAUAUCUGUGAGGGUCUGAAGGAACAGAGGAAAGGUCUGAUCACUCUGGUGCUCUGGAACAACCAGCUCACACACAACGGCAUGGGCUACCUCGCUUCUGCACUGCCGUGUACUCAGAGUUUGGAGACUCUGAAUCUUGGACACAAUGCGGUUGGUAACGAGGGCGUGCUCAAGCUGAAGGACGGACUGAUCGCGAAUCGCUCGCUGCUGCGCCUCGGCCUCGCCUCCACCAAACUGUCGUGUGAAGGUGCCGUGGCCGUGGCCGAGUUUUUCGCCGAGAGUCCGCGACUGCUGCGUCUGGACCUGCGGGAGAACGAGAUAAAGACCGGAGGACUGAUGGCUCUGUCGCUCGCUCUGAAGGUGAACACCUCACUGCUCCGCCUCGACCUGGACCGAGAACCCAAGAAAGAGACGGUGAAGAGCUUCAUCGAGACGCAGCGCACCCUGCUGACCGAAAUCCAGAACGGCUGCAAGCGUAACUUCGUCCUUGCUAAAGAGAAGGAGGAAUCUCAGCAGCAGAUGAGGCAGUCGGUGUCCAUGGCUGAAAUCGCCACUGAGGAUCCGCCUCCUGAGGAAGAGGAGGACGCUGGAGAUCAAGUCUCAGAGGGACAGAAGACCGAACGUGAGGAGGACGAACAGGAGCAGGAGGAGGCGCAGGAGGAUGAGAGCGAAAAGCCGAGCGAAAUCCGAGAGGAUGAAGAACAAACAGCAGCCGCUCAGGAAGACUCGGAUUCCGAUACCGACACUGACGACGACGACGACAAUGAAGAUGUCAGAGAGACAAUAACAGCUGCACAGACGUCAACUCUGAACCAAACCCCGCCCCCCAUAAACACCACGCACAGUGCCUGUCAGACUCCGCCCAUUAAUACUCCUAGCUCCACCCCCGAGACGGCAAACGUGGUGUCGGGGAUCAGAGUGACGGAAGCGAGCGUGUCGAGCGGAACGCCUUCUUCACCUGGACGCUGCUUUUCAGUGUCCAGCCCUGGGAGAGGACACAAGAUCUUCAUGGUGACGCGUGUGGAGAGUCCUCCUGAGCAGCAGCAGCAGCAGCAGAGCGACCUGACGAAGCAUGUCCAGGAGAAUAAAACACCUUCUGAGACAUCUUCAAAACAACAGCCAGUCUCUCAGAACCAGCAGAGUGCAGAGAGAACCACUUCAGCUCAGGAGACAUCUGAGGAACCUUCACGAGUAUCAGCAGAGUCUAAACCAGGAGAAGCAGAACCAUCACUGAGCACCACAGAGGAGCAACCUUCUACACACAGCCAAACACAGCAGGAUCCGAAUCCCAGCACAGAACCAGACAAGGAAACAACGAGAGAUGAACUCAUGCACACUGAGCAUGCUCAGAUCCAUCACACCGCCCCUGCAGAGUCUGAGGAACUGUUCCAGGAUCAGCUGAAACCUGCUGAAGAAGUGCAUGAGGAACCGAGCAGCAGCAAUCCAACCGGGGAGCUGCAGGAGGAACUCUCAGAACAUCUGGACACAGAAAUGCCAAACGAUGACCAACAGCUGGAUAAAGACGCCUCACUGGAGCAGGACUUGGAAACAGUAAACAGCUUUUCCUCAGCAGAAGAGGUGGAGAGUCUCGACACAGCGCCACCUGCAGGCACCAUCCUGCCGAACGGCCUGAAGCCCGAGUUCACGCUGCACCUGCUGGAGCCCGAGGCGCAUAAAGCGGCCUGCUGCGUCAUGGAGCACAUGAGUGUGACGGCGGAGCUGAGCUGUGGUCAGGAUCUGGAGGAGCUUCUGCUGGACGCCAGUUUGGACACGAGCAGAGACGCACCUUAGUGCUGAAGCGACGGGUCGAACCAUGUGCAGAGACGAGGGGGGAGCGUUAAUAAUCUGUGAGCAUCACUGAGCCCAGAGUCUCGCUCUCGUCCUUCCACAGCUCCUCGACUCCAAACCAGAACUCUUCUUACAGAUGAUUUAAACUCAUUAAACAGUUAAGAACAGCUGGAUCACGGAUCGUCACUCACUCCUGAGACAUUGUCACAAAAUCGUCACGAAACCGUCACGAAACCGUCAUGAAAUCGUCAUGAAACCGUCAUGAAAUCGUCAUGAAACCGUCACUACACAAUGAAACACAAUCAACAGGUUUUUUUUUUUUUUUUUUUCCUUUAAGCGACUCUGAUGAGCGGAAAAUUUCAUGCUGUUAUCUGUCCCUACAUUCCUCCUGAUGAUUCAGUAAAAUCCCGGGGCCUGGCACAAACCAAAGACACACACACACACACACACACACACACACACACACAGACAAAUACACACGUGCAGUUCUGCUCAGCGCUGCCCCCAUGUGGACAAUCAACAUCACAGCAGCAUCAAAGACUUUAAAUCAGUUUCACUUUAACUUUAAGGACUGAUUACAAGCAGGCAUGAGUGGUGUGUGUGUGUGUGUGUGUGUGUGUGUGUGUGUGUGUGUGUGUGUGUGUGUGUGUGUGCAUGAGAGAGAGACAGAGAGAGAGAGAGACAGAGAGAGAGAGAGACAGAGAGAGAGAGAUUAUUCUGUCUAUCAUUUUUGUUUGUUCCUGCUCUUUAAGGUUCUGCUCAGGAUCCAGUCUUUGAGCUCCUCUCUCUCUCUCUCUCUCUCUCUCUCUCUCUCUCUCUCUCUCUGUCUAUCUCUGUGUAUCUCUGUGUAUCUGUGUCUCUCUCUUUGUGUGUGUAUGUGUGUGUGUGUGUGUAUGUGUGUGUGUGUGUGAUCUUAAGCAUCAUGUUCUAAUCUUCUGGAUCUCAGUUUUCCGACUCUGAAGGCUUCUGGAAAUCCAAGUGAAUGUUCCAAAUCUGGGAUUUGGGGAGUCUCUUCCGCUUUGGCUGAUUUUUCCAGAUCUUUCCUCAUCACUCAUGUUUUCCUCGCGUAAAGAAAUGACACUAAAACGUUCAGGCAGAAAUGUGUGUCGCUCUUCCCGUGUCUCUUCCUACCUUUCCAGUUCAACACCUCGCCUUUAAUUGUCUUCUUUAUUUUUGCUGCUUUCAGAAAUCAUUUAUUUUCUAUUUAUUUUAUUAAAAUGAGUUUUUUUUUUUUCUUCUGAGUGAUUUAUGUUUCUGUCCUCUUUUCCCCAGUCGGUUUUUUAUUAGUUGUUACUGAGGGAUUUGGUUUUUAAAGAUUUUUUCUCCCAUACUGGUGUAUAUUUUCAGAUAAUAUAAAGAGCAAUUAUACUUUUUUUAGGGCUAGGGAGAUAUUUAGGGGGUUUACGUUGAUUCUAUAUGUAUAAAAUCGGGAAUGGAGAGUAAACACACUGUUUCAGGGAGAUGAGAUAUGUAGGGCGAGGAUGAAAGAGGAUGAAAGUUGAGUAAGUGAGUAAGAAUGAAUAAAUACGACACUAUUGUACUGUGGGGUGACACUACAGCGACAGCCAGCAGGGGGAGCCAGAGACUCACGCUCCACCUAUAAUAUAGCUCACUUAUGAUGAUGAUGAUGUAGUUUUUAAUUUAUUCCAGUCUCUGGCCUCUGAUUGGCUCUCAGCUUUAGCACUUUGCUGAAAUAUGAAAUAAGCAGGUUGAUCUGCACGUCCACAUCAUCACUGUUCUCUGUGCCUCGCCUCGAACCAUCCAACGUUUGUAAUGCUUUAAUUUUUAAAUUUUUAUCUGACCUGUUCAACGACUCAGAAAUGUGCUGGUGACCACAAUGAGAUGUGUGUGUGGCCAUUUUUGUUUGUUUCUCUCUCAAAUAAAUGCAUGUAAUGAAAA